GCAACACACUCCACUCUUUUCGAGCUUUAAAGUUAGGGAGAAGAAUUUAGAAAGUGGGGGGGGCUGGGACGCAGGUGGGGUGUUUUUAUACCGGAACCAGAUCCGGGACAAGCUGGGUUGGUGGCUGGAAGGGGGGAGAGACCCGGGAAGAAGAGUCCCUUGAGCACAUGUUUAUUUGGCAUUAAUGGGUUGUGUGAGUUCGAAGCAGGCGGUAUCGGUGACGCCUGCUUUCGACCACUCAGGGGGAUUACGGGAUAAUGCGGGUACGGGGAACAAUUCCGGUCGGUCCCGGUUUGGGUUUUCGGAUGCUGAGAAGAAGAGGAAUGGGAGUAGGAAGAAAAAGAGCAGUAGUAAGACCGCAAGCGACAUCGGUGUGGGGCUGAGUGGGAGCGAGUUGGGUGAGUCUGGACGGGGUAGUUCGAGGUCCGACUCCCUGAGCUUGAGACUUGGGAAUUUGUCCAAGUACAUUGAAGCCGAGCAAGUCGCUGCUGGCUGGCCCGCCUGGCUCAGCGCUGUCGCCGGUGAGGCCAUCCAUGGCUGGGUCCCCCUCCGAGCUGAUGGUUUCGAGAAGCUUGAGAAGAUAGGGCAGGGUACAUAUAGUAGUGUAUUUCGUGCUCGAGACCUUGAAAGUGGGAGGAUAGUUGCUCUGAAGAAGGUGCGGUUUGACAAUUUUGAGCCUGAGAGUGUUCGAUUUAUGGCAAGAGAGAUACUGAUUCUUCGCCGGCUUAACCAUCCUAACAUCAUAAAAUUGGAUGGUAUAAUUACUUCAAGAUUGUCAUGCAGCUUAUUCCUUGUGUUUGAGUAUAUGGAGCAUGACGUCACUGGUCUUUUAUCUUCUCCUGACAUCAAGUUCACUGAGCCACAGAUUAAAUGCUACAUGAAGCAGUUGUUAUCGGGAAUUGAUCACUGUCACUCACGGGGUGUAAUGCACCGAGAUAUUAAAGGAUCAAAUCUUCUCAUAAAUAAUGAAGGAAUCCUAAAGGUUGCUGAUUUUGGGUUGGCAAACUUCUGUAGUUAUGGGCAAAGGCAACCCCUAACAAGUCGUGUGGUAACAUUAUGGUACCGUCCUCCAGAACUUCUUCUAGGUUCUACAGAUUAUGGACCCGCUGUGGAUGUGUGGAGUGUUGGGUGUGUAUUUGCUGAAAUUCUUCUUGGAAGACCUAUACUUCAAGGGAGAACAGAGGUUGAGCAACUACAUAAAAUUUUCAAACUUUGUGGGUCCCCACCAGAAGAUUACUGGAAAAAAUCCAAACUUCCCCACGCAACUUUAUUCAAACCACAGCAACGCUAUGAUAGUUGUCUUCGGGAGACUUUUAAAGAUUUGCCAGCAUCAGCUGUGAACUUGAUAGAGACUUUGCUUUCAGUAGAGCCAGACAAGCGUGGCACUGCCUCCUCUGCUCUUGUAUCAGAGUAUUUUGCAACAAAACCUUAUGCAUGUGAUCCAUCAAGCUUGCCAAGUUAUCCACCUAGUAAAGAGAUUGAUGCAAAGUAUCAUGAAGAGGCAAAGAGGAAAAAGACCAGUGGUAGAGUUCGUGGGCCUGAAAUAAGGAAGCCAAUAAGAAAACCACAAGUAACAACCAAACUGGCACCAAUUGAGGAUGCAGUAGCUCAAUUUCAAAGUGAUAAAAAAAUCAGUGGCAAUGAUGUCUAUAACGUUAAACAAGGAAGUGCUACAUUCAAUGAUAGGGUGUCAAAACCACCAUCUGAUGCACUAGAGGAUGGUGGCCAUGUUAAGCAUGCUUCACAAGGAGAUAUUCCCUUCUCAGGACCAUUACAAGUAUCCAUGUCAAGUGGCUUUGCUUGGGCAAAAAGACGAAAAGAUGAAGUAUGCACAAAAUCCCACACCAGGUCAAUAUCAAGAGGUAAUAUUCAUAAUGCAUUAGAGCCAUCUGCUUUAAUGCAUGACAGAAAUAAUUUUGAUUCUAAGAAGUGUGAGAAUGUGGAUGUUAAACAUGGAGGCCGCACCGAUUCUAGAGAGCAUGAUCAAUAUGAAGUUUCCAAGCAUUCUAUACAGAAACAAUGGAGCCAGUUUGAUCGUCCAGAUUCCUUUGAUGCUUCUGAUGAAUACCACUCACAGGAACUAUCAUUGGCACUUUAUCAAAGAGAGGCAAUGGCAACCAAGAGAAGUAAUUUGGAUUUCCAAGAUGAAGGGGAUAAAGUUGAAUUUUCUGGACCACUGUUGUCUCAGUCACAUAGGAUUGAUGAACUCUUACAAAAACAUGAGCGACAGAUCCGCCAGGCAAUUCGAAAGUCCUGGAUCCAAAGAGGUAGAAAAAAUGGGAAGUAAUUUUUGAAAAGUUCCUGGUUUAGUCUAGUGAGAAGAACAGAAUCCUCUGACAGGAGAUGGAUUGAGAAAAUUCUAGGCCUCUGUGAUAAGCCUUGCUAUGGCUCUGACCUAUGAUGCUCAGAAAUCUCCUGCAGAAGAUUACUGACAAACAAAACUGAGAAAUUACAGUAUGCUGGGGCUGCUGCAUGUUCCAGUCCUGAAAGCUAUGAAGAAAAGAAAAAGAGUGUUGAGGAUGACAAUGCACCAUGUUUCUUCUAAGACCAAUGAACAUCUGCUUUAUGUUUGGCUCCGUGUUCCCCCUCUUGAAUUCUCUCCUCAAAUCCGCUUUCUACUUUUUGCUUUGAUUUUUCAGUGUCACCUCUACUUCACAAUGUAUGGCCCGAUACAAGUUUUAUAGUCAGAUGGCAAUUGAUUGUGAGAAUUGUAGUGUAUAUGUUUUAUGGUUAAUAUAUAUAAGGCUUGUUU